GAGAGCGCGUCCGGGAUUGAUUUGUUUCGGGCCAGCGUCUCGCGGCGCUGGCCCGACGUUGAUCGAGCGCUUCCUUACGUCACGUGAUCCUUCGAAUUGAUAAUUAUGUGCCGCAAACUGGGACAGUGCCGCAUCGCUGUGAGCAGCAUGCCCGGGUAGUUUUGGCUCUUGAAGCUCUUCGGCGAGAUCACCGCGGCGACGCCAACCUUCUCCAAGCAAUAGUUGAUCUCGUCCUGUUGGUACGCGGGGUUGAUCGCAACCACGAUCAUCCCGGCCCUGGCUAUCGCCACGAAAGACAGCAGCCACUCCGCCUGGUUCGGGCCCCAGAUUCCCACGCGGUCGCCUCUUCUCAGGCCCAGACUCCUCAGACCUGCCGCCAGACGAUCACCUCGACGCAACAGCUCCGAGAACGUCAGACGAAUGUCUUGUUCGACAGACACCAGGCAGACUUUGUUCGGCCAUCUCUCCGCUGCCGUGCCGACCAGUUCGCCGACGGUCCAGUUCAACAACGGCACGUUCCCGCCGUGCGCUAUGUGCGCCAAAUUCGUCCCAGCAUCGUGAUUAAGUCGCUUUUGUUGCACGGACACCCGCCGCUGUUUCCACGUCCGUCCGUUGUCUGCGGAAAGAGAUUUCGCGAGAUAGAAAAAUUGUUCGUCUCGAUUGCAACGAAUGUGUACCACAUAUGCGUCAGAUUUCGGUGAUUGUAAUGGACAAUGUGUAGCAGAUCGUGCUACAACGUACCAAGCAGAUCGAAACAUUAACUUAAAGACGUACAUGCAAGAUAGUGCAAAAUUGUGGACGCUAAGUUAAGUUCUAAUCUCUGUAAAAUAUUCCCUCGUAAACGUCGGAAUUCGACCGAUUGCUUGGGGAAUUGUUCUUGAAGACGAUCUUCAUUUUCACGAGAUUCACAUCUAUACGGUAAAUCCUCGCUAAUCGAUCCUCAGAAACGGAAAUGGACAAUUUGGGAAGAGCAAGCACGAUUAUUCAAAACACGAAUAAUCGUAUCUCUUCCCAAAUUGUCCUCUUUUGUGUAAAAGCCGAGAGUCGAUUAGAAAGACAUGACUCUAUUUACUCUUUACUUAUUAUUAUUAUUUAUUUAUUAUCCACUUUCGCAAGUGUCCUUCGCGUUCGCUCCGAGACCAGACCGCGGCAAGUCGAGGUGAACUCACCGUGCGGCUUUUCCGCUGCAAAGAUUCCUCCGCAGAGCUGCCAGCAGCCGUUGCUGCUUGCUGCUGGGAUCGCCUUGAACGUGCGCAGCAUUUCUUCGGAUUUAAUGGGUCCACCGUAGCGUCGACUACCUGUCGAUGCCGCUCUUAAAUCACAACAUCGGAGCAGCCAUGGAAAUGCGGUCGCCGCGUGUCACGUCUGUUUACGCGUGCGUUUCGGCUCGGUCCGUCCGUCGCCGUUACCGUGUCCGCACUAUUAAACGACGGAGCACAUUAAUCCUCCCGCGACGCUGCGACCAAACGGACACGUCAUCCGGUUAUACAAUCGUCGAUAAGUUGCUACGUACUUCGGCGAUCUGUAUAGGCGCGCUCGAAAGAAAAAAAAACCAAGGCUGGUGACUUUUCCUCCGGAGAUCGUCGCACCGCGGAAUCCGCUGCCAGUCGUUGCUCGAACCUUGUUACCGAUUCUACUUCCCCGUCGACAUAUAUACAUCCCGACCGCAUAAUUUGCGGUAUCUGUAAAUCCGUAAUGCACCGUAAUCUCCGUAACCGCGACUUGUUUUGGAGCACGAUUUUCUUUAAGGUCGCCGAUAUCUGUCGACGUCUCGCUGAAACAGAUAUUACAACAAUAUAAAUCAAACGGGACCCGUGCGAUUUAUUUGCGCGUCGGCAAAAAUAUUUGGAUCGUUAAACUACUCGGCCGCGAGCGCAGAUAAGAGAUUUACAUAUACGACAUAUGUAUAUAUGGAACGAAUAGCGACGCGCGGGUUCAAUUACUUUCGUGACCCAUCGAUAAUGACUGCUUAAGUACCAAGUAAGCGUUUCGUAAACAUUGCGUGCCCGGCCGAGAUGUUCUGUAAUUGUAAUAGCCUCUCGAGUUUAAAAUUAGCCGAACACCCCUCGCGAGGGGUUGAACCCGUCCUGCGGCGCGAGGAUCGAUCCGGGAGCGUCGAUCCUCCUCCCGGGAAACGUUGGCCGGCAGUCGUUCUUCCCGGCGCGCCGCGGCGUUUUUCGGCUCGUACAUUCUCCGGCCGCGAAAGGUACACCGUGCCGCGAGAGUUACGGUUAUGCCUGCCAUUUACACGGUGUCCAUGACGUUUCCCUCCGGGUGCCCUGAAAUAAUGAAUCUGUUAGUGGGUUUUUAUUAAGCCGUGACUCAACCGGCGUCGAGCAGCGUCGCGAUCGAGUGCCGGGCGCUUAUCAAAUGCCGGCAAAUAUUAGAACGUUAGAAAGAUGCUUUGUAUCUCGAGGAACGUUGCGUUUCUUUCUAUGUUCGCUAGAUAAACGAAACUGUUUACGGUGUAAUCAAUGCCGUAGGAGUUUCAUUAUCAACACGUGUCCGGAAAGCAAUAUACUACAGAAGUCACUGUCACUGACGAUAGAACUUCGAGUCGAAGCAACGGUUACGCAACAAGAUGCAGGCAAUCGAUAAACUAUGACAUGUAACAAUUACGUAUCCCAAUUUUAGGAACAUUAUAUGUAAAUGUGAUGUAAUGUAGACAUUAUAUGACCAAUGAUAGUGUAACGAUAGCAUGAUAUGACCAGGAUACUGUAAACAUAAUAACACAUAUGCGAUGGUCUUCUCUCGGAUGGUCUUCGUCCAUUGAUAAUACCGCCAUUCAUCCCCCGUGAAAGAUCCACGUUCGGGGAUGCUACGAACCUCCCCUUUCUUCGUCGAGGGUUCACAGAAUCGUCUUGGCUGAGACCCAGUCCGCCAGCUGUUCCAAUCAACGUGAACAGCGUUUGUGAAUCGAUCGAACUAUCUGAAACCGAAGCAAUCCUUAAAUUAGAAUAUAUUAGAAUAAAAAAGAAAUAAUCCUUAAAUUAGAAUCGAACAGGAUCUCCAAAGGAUCAACAUUCAAUAGCCCUGCUCUCAACGGGACAGGAUACAGAAUCGUCUUACCUGAUCAAUCCCGUAGCUAUUGCAAUUGAAAACAUUGAAAACAUUGAUUAAAUUAUCCUACCCCCUCGAUACCAGAUCAGUGCACAAAUUGAGAUCGCCCAGACGCCACCCUAAAAGGCUAACCAUCGGAAAACCGGAAUUCCCCUUGCAGUGGACAAAACUCAGAGGAAGCUCGGAGGGAUGUAAGAAACCCUGAUGACCGUUGGCGGGGGGAGGGGGGCAGGGGGAUCGUACGCAGCGUCGGACAAAGAAGAGGGCGGUCAGAGGUGGCACGUGUAGGGUAGGGGUUUAGUCGGGGUGAUAAAGGUGGUAAAUCGCGUCGACGGAGGAGGGCAGCGGUUAAAGUCUAAAACCGUCGGGCCAAGAUAGGUGGAUGGCGUGCCUCGCGGGCCGCGCCGGAAGUCGCGUGUCGACGUCGACCAUGCCACCACCGCGUACCAGCGUUUCUGCUCCCCACCCUGGCGGGGGUAGAGGUAGUAGCAUUGCCGGCACGGCUGCUACCACCUCCGGUGCUCCGGCACCAAUCCACCGGCGCAUUUUCUUAGCUUCCGAGGAAGCGAGGCCUACGGUGGCCGCCGGGGUGGUUCCAGCGGCGGAGAGGAAACGCGGCGAGGACGCGGUGUCCGUGGUUGUUCGGUGAAGCAUCAUCGCGCGGGAGCUCUCGGUCGGCUCGGGGUUAGCGUGACAGUGAUUGGUCGAUCCCUGUUUCCCGGAGGGUCGAGCGCGGGUCGAGGGAGGGCAACCCUCCGGCGAGCCCUCCGCUCUCGGCGUCUUCAGACCCGGCAGGAUAAACGCGGCGUUAGCACGCGCGCGAGCCUCCGCGAGGCCCUACAACAGUCUAGUCUGUUCGGUUCUCGCGCGCGAAGUGGUGAUCGAUCCUCGAACCGUUUCCCCGGCGGCGGACUGAUCGGCAGAGGAUCGCGAAGGAUGUCAACAAGGGGGGGCCUCUACGAUGAGAGACCCGCGCAAGAGGAGCCAUGAGCAGUAACAGCAAGAAGCCGUCGGCCGGCAAGGACGAAAAGAAGAGUCCGUCGAGCAAAGAGGAGAGCCCGGUGACCGCGAAGGAUGACGCCGCAGGGUCCUCCUCCACAGGGAGCGCCGGAGGAGCAACGAGCACGGAGGGAACACAGCCAGGAAGCAAGCCAGGAUCGGCCGGGGCUACCGCCAGAGAAGCGGCGCAAAAGCUUCUCGGGCUUACCGCGCGCGGAGAAUGGGCACCGGUGGACCAGCUCCUCAAAUCUCUGGAGAAGGCGGUGCAGAACGCCGGCGAGGAUGGCACGCUGUCUCCUCUCGCCGGCGUCACCGACCCGGCGACGGGCAUGACGCCCCUGAUGUACGCAGUCAAGGACAAUCGUGCCGGCCUUCUGGACAGGAUGAUCGAGCUGGGAGCGGACGUGGGUGCCAGGAACAACGACAAUUACAAUGCUCUGCACAUCGCCGCCAUGUACUCCAGGGAGGACGUCGUCAAGCUGCUGCUGUCGAAGAGGGGCGUCGAUCCCUACGCCACCGGCGGGCCGAGACAGCAGACCGCGGUGCACCUGGUGGCUUCGAGGCAAACGGGGACCGCGACUUCGAUCCUCAGAGCGCUAUUGGGCGCCGCCGGACGGGACAUCAGGCUGAAAGUCGACGGGAAAGGGAAGAUUCCGCUGUUGUUGGCGGUGGAGGCCGGCAACCAGUCGAUGUGUCGAGAGCUGCUGGCCCAACAAGCCCCGGAUCAGCUUCGAGCCACCACGCCAACCGGGGACACGGCUCUUCACCUAGCGGCCAGGAGAAGGGACAUCGACAUGGUGCGGAUCCUGGUUGAUUACGGCGCGACGGUGGACAUGCAAAACGGCGACGGUCAAACGGCGCUGCACAUUGCUAGCGCGGAAGGGGACGAGACCCUUGUCAAGUAUUUCUACGGGGUGAGAGCGUCCGCCUCUAUCACCGACCACCAGGACCGCACCCCCAUGCACCUGGCGGCCGAGUACGGGCACGCGUCCAUAAUUGAAUUGCUGGCCGACAAGUUCAAAGCCAGCAUAUUCGAGAGGACCAAGGAUGGGUCGACGCUGAUGCACAUCGCCUCGUUGAACGGCCACUCGGAGUGCGCGACGAUGCUCUUCAAGAAGGGCGUCUACUUGCAUAUGCCGAACAAGAGAGGCGCCAGGUCGAUUCACACGGCCGCCAAGUACGGACAUGUCGGCAUCAUAAGCACCCUGCUCCAGCGUGGCGAGAAGGUGGACGCGACGACCAACGACAACUACACAGCCCUGCACAUAGCGGUGGAGAACGCGAAGCCGGCGGUGGUGGAGACCCUGCUUGGCUACGGAGCCGAGGUGCACGUGAGGGGUGGCAAGCUGCGGGAGACUCCUCUGCACAUAGCGGCGAGGGUGCCGGACGGGGACAGAUGCGCGUUGAUGUUGCUGAAGUCCGGAGCAGGUCCGAAUCUGACGACGGACGACGGGCAGACGCCGGUGCACGUUGCGGCGAGCCACGGUAACCUGGCGACGUUGCUGUUGCUGCUGGAGGAUGGCGGUGAUCCGAUGUACAAGUCCAAGAACGGAGAGACGCCGCUGCACUUGGCCUGCAGGGGUUGCAAGGCCGACGUGGUGCGGCACUUGAUCCAGUUCGUGAAGGAGAAGAAGGGCCCGGAAAUAGCGACCUCCUACGUCAACAGCGUGACGAACGAGGGGGCGAGCGCUCUACAUUACGCCGCCCAGAUCGAGCCGUCGGAAGUGAAGACACCCGGGGACGAUCGUGCGGUGGUUCGUGCCCUGCUGGAGGGCGGGGCGGACGUGUCCCUGCAAACGAAGCAGGCACAGGAGUCGGCGUUCCAUCAUUGCGCGCUGGCCGGCAACAACGAGGUGCUGUCCGAGAUGAUAAGUGGCAUGUCGGCCACCGAGGUGCAGAAGGCGUUGAACAGGCAGAGCGCGGUCGGCUGGACGCCUCUGCUGAUCGCGGCGCACAGAGGGCACAUGGAGCUCGUGACGAAUCUGCUGGCGAACCACGCCAGGGUGGACGUGUUCGACCUCGAAGGUAGAUCGGCCCUUCACCUGGCCGCGGAGCACGGCUACCUGCAGGUCUGCGACGCGUUGCUGGCGAACAAGGCGUUCAUCAAUUCGAAGUCCAGGGUCGGCAGGACCGCGUUGCACUUGGCGGCGAUGAAUGGUUACUCGCAUCUGGUCAAGUUCCUGAUACAGGAUCACGGGGCAGCCAUAGACGUGCUCACCCUGCGGAAGCAGACCCCUCUGCACCUGGCAGCCGGCGCCGGCCAGCUGGAGGUCUGCAAGCUUCUCUUGGAGCUGGGUGCCAGCAUCGACGCCACGGACGACCAAGGCCAGAAGCCCAUCCACGCCGCGGCGAUGAACAAUUACGCGGAGGUGGCUCAGCUGUUUCUACAGAGGCAUCCGAGCCUGGUGAUGGCUUGCACCAAGGACGGGAACACUUGCGCGCACAUUGCGGCGAUGCAGGGCAGCGUGCGGGUGAUAGAGGAGCUGAUGAAGUUCGAUCGUCAGGGUGUCAUCUCGGCGAGGAACAAGCUCACGGAGGCAACGCCGCUUCAAUUGGCCGCCGAGGGAGGACACGCGGAGGUCGUCAAGGCUUUGGUCAGGGCCGGUGCAUCCUGCGCCGAUGAGAAUCGCGCCGGUUUCACCGCGGUGCAUCUGGCGGCUCAGCACGGCCACGGCCAGGUCCUGGAAGUGAUGAGGUCCUCCACCUCGCUGCGAAUAUCCAGCAAGAAACUGGGCGUCACUGCUCUCCACGUUGCCGCCUACUUCGGCCAAGCCGAUACCGUGCGCGAGCUGCUGACCCACGUGCCAGGAACGGUGAAGUCCGACCCGCCGACCGGCGGCACCCUCGUCGGCGAGCUGGGUACAGAAUCGGGGAUGACGCCGUUGCAUCUGGCUGCGUAUUCCGGCAACGAGAAUGUGGUGCGGUUGCUGUUGAACUCCGCCGGCGUCCAGGUGGAAGCAGCCACCACAGAGAACGGUUUCAACCCUCUGCACUUGGCCUGCUUCGGAGGACACAUCACGGUGGUGGGUCUGUUGCUGAGCAGGUCCGCGGAACUGCUGCACAGCUCGGAUCGGUACGGGAAGACCGGGCUGCACAUCGCGGCGACCCACGGUCAUUACCAGAUGGUGGAGGUGCUGCUGGGCCAGGGUGCGGAGAUAAACGCGACGGACAAGAACGGUUGGACGCCACUUCAUUGCGCGGCUCGCGCCGGCUACCUCGACGUCGUGAAGUUGCUGGUGGAGAGCGGAGCCUCGCCCAAGAGCGAGACGAACCUGGGCAGCGCGCCGAUAUGGUUCGCCGCCUCGGAGGGCCACAACGACGUGCUCAAGUACCUGAUGGAGAAGGAGCACGAUACCUACGCCCUGAUGGACGAUAAGAGGUUCGUCUAUAACAUGAUGGUCUGCAGUAAGAGCAACAACAACAGGCCGAUCGAGGAGUUCGUGCUGGUGUCACCGGCACCGGUAGACACGGCCGCCAAGCUGUCUAACAUCUACAUGAAACUGUCCGAGAAGGAGAAGGAGAGAGCGAAGGACUUGAUCGCGGCCGGGAAGCAAUGCGAGGCAAUGGCCACGGAGUUGCUGGCCCUCGCUGCCGGCGCUGAUUCCGCCGGGAGGAUCCUGACGUCCAUGGACCGGAGGAACGUGGAGUUUCUGGACGUUCUGAUCGAGAACGAACAGAAGGAGGUGAUCGCGCACACGGUGGUACAGAGGUAUCUCCAGGAGCUCUGGCAGGGCAGCCUGAACUGGAACGCGUUCAGGACGAUCCUCUUGUUCAUCGCGUUCCUCAUCUGCCCGCCUGUUUGGGUGGUGUUCGCCCUUCCGCUCGGGCAUAAGUACAACAACGUCCCCAUCAUCAAGUUCAUGUCGUACCUCACCUCCCACAUCUAUCUGAUGGUCUUCCUUUUGCUGGUCGGCAUUAUUCCUAUCUACCCGGUGGUCAGGGCGAGCCUGUUGCCCUAUUGGUACGAAUGGUGUCUGCUGGUGAUGCUGUCCGGACUGCUGUUGUUCGAGCUGACCAACCCGAGCGACAAGAGCGGCCUCGGAUGGAUCAAGCUGGCAGUGUUGCUGUUCGGGAUCUUCGGGGUCGCUUUCCAUCUGAUGGGCUUCGUGAUCGUGCAAAGACCCUACUGGCCCACUCUGCUCUACCUCAGGAACCAAUUGUUCGCGCUGAGCUUCCUGCUGGCCUGCGUGCAAAUCCUCGACUUCCUCUCGUUCCACCAUCUGUUCGGCCCGUGGGCGAUCAUUAUCGGAAACCUGAUGAAGGAUCUCGCCAGGUUCCUCGCGGUCCUGGCGAUCUUCGUGUUCGGCUUCUCGAUGCAUUUCGUCGCGUUGAACCAGGCGUUCAAGAACCAAUCGGUCCAGGACGCCCGGGCCGAGGACAAGAAAAAGAAGGGCGCCUUCUACGACGAUUUGUUGGCCAAUGUUACGGAAUGGAUGAUGGAGACGCCGUCGACGGCGCCUCCUCGUCGCUACGGCCGCUACAAGAAAAAGAAUGAGUGUUGUGACGAUAACUCCCGAGAUAUCAGGAUGAGUCCCGUACUGGCCGUUGAGUUAUUGUUCUUCGCCAUCUUCGGUCAGACGACCCACGAACAGUUCAAGGUUGAGAAAGUGCAGCCCGCUUGGACCUGGGUGCUCUUCAAGCUCACCUUCGGCAUUUACAUGCUGGUUUCGGUGGUCGUGCUGAUUAAUCUGCUAAUCGCCAUGAUGAGCGAUACGUACCAGCGGAUACAGGCUCAGUCCGACAUCGAGUGGAAGUACGGAUUGAGUAAACUCGUUAGGAACAUGCACAGGACAAGCACAGCGCCGUCCCCAUUGAAUCUGCUUACCACCUGGAUGGCGUAUUUGUACAAGGUGUGCAAGAAACGCGCCGCGAAUAAGCAACGACCGUCUCUGGUACGCCUGAUGGGCGGGCUGCAGAGAGACGCGCUAUCACCGCGAUCCAGAAUGGGCGCCAAAUGGUUGUCCAAAGUGAAGAAGACUCAGGUCGGGCACAAGGACAGCGUCGCGUUGUCGGUCGUCCAUCUGAGCCCGCUCGGCAGCCAGCUGUCGUUCAGUAACGCCGUCAGAAUCGACAACGUCGUCGACUGGGAAGCGGUCAGAAAGAAGUACCGUGAUCUGUACGGCGAGACGGUCGAGAAACACGCCGAGGAAUCGAAAGAGGAACACGAGACGGCCGCGGCCACCUUCGAAAACUCGCUGGUUAUCGUGCCGGCCGGGGAUCCGCCUGCGCCCGCGGGAACCACCACCGUUCCCUGAACACGAUCCGGCCGGCCCCUUAUUAUUUCGACAACGAGGACAGCGUGUAAACAGUCUCAUCCCGUACGAGCCUUUCUUAACGAAAUAAACGUCCCGAUCGGAUC